UGUAUAAAAUUCCAGCGUUUCACAGCGCACCAAAUCAUUUGCGCUUGCGAGAGACAAAGGAAAUGCAGGUACGAGUCUGUAGACAUCAGCAUCACACACAACACUACAUCAAAAAUUAUCAGCAGUCACAAAAAUAUAAAUGGCGACAAAUCCAGGAUAUGCCAUUGAACCGAAUAGCAAAUUCAAGGCUAAGAUCAUCGGCUAUCGUCACCUGCAAUGCCUGCUGCUUUUCCUGGGAUUCUGCUUGAUUUGUGCAAUGCGCGUCAACCUCUCAAUCGCCAUUGUGGCUAUGAUGGAUAAGCAAGCUGCAAAUCCAGAUUUUCCUGAAUACGACUGGUCAGAACAAACAAAAUCGCAUGUACUCAGCAGUUUCUUCUGUGGUUAUAUUUUGCUGCAGAUUCCCGCUGGCGCUUGGGCACGACGGUAUGGCGGUCGCUUGCUGCUAUUAUUGAAUAUCAGCCUUACCAGCAUAUUGGCGCUGUUAACACCGCUUAGUGUUAGUCUUGGUAACUGGCCUUUGCUAUGCGCGUUACGAUUUGGCCAAGGCCUUUUACAAGGUGUCAUGCUACCAACUGUUGCAACUAUAAUGUCCAAAUGGGCGCCUGUUGAGGAGCGUAGCGCAAUGCAGACUUUUACCUAUGCUGGAGCUCAGUUGGGUAUAGUGCUCAUGUUGGCCACAAGCGGCGGUCUGUGCUCCUCGCGUUGGGGUUGGCCAAGCACAUUCUAUCUACCCGGUGCACUGGGCUUACUAUGGACUGCGCUUUGGUUUGUAUUUGGUGCGAGUACGCCGCGUGAUUGUAAGCACAUUUCAGCGGAAGAACGUGCCAUGAUUGAGGAAUCAUUGGGUUGUGAUAAGGAUAAGCAAUUGGAGAAAAGUGAAACAAGUCACCCCGUACCAUGGAAAUGCAUUUUUACAUCGAAACGGUUUUUAGUGACUUUAUUAAAUCAUUGCGCCAACGAUUGGUGCUUUUGGACAUUGCUCACUCAAAUACCAUCCUACAUCAAAAGUGUGCUUGGCAAGGAUAUCAAUAGCAAUGCAUUGCUUUCUUCAUUGCCAUACCUGUCAAUGUUCGGCCUAUCGCUUGUGCUUUGCCCCAUAGCGAGUUGGUUAGAAAAGUCUAAACUUUUGAAUACAACAGUUAGUCGAAAGCUAUUCAAUACGUUCGGUCUAUGGAUACAGGCCGUAACACUUGUGACUUUGGGUUAUUUGCGCCAAGAUCAAGGCGAUUUAGCAAUUGCUUUAUUAAUAACAACUGUUGCUAGUAGCACUAGCGUGCACUUUGGCUAUGCAGUAAAUCAUCUGGACUUAGCGCCGAAUCUCGCUGGCACUAUACUGGGCAUUGCCAACUGUGGCGCCAGCAUGAUGGGCAUCAUAGCGCCACUGGUUGUGGGUUACGUUGUCACAGAUGCGGAAAAUGUCCACCAAUGGCGCAUAAUUUUCUCUCUCGCUGGAGGCAUCAGUUUUGUUGGUAAUCUGUUUUUCUUGAUUUUUGGUACAGCUAAGGUGCAACAUUGGAACGAACGACCUCGCGCACUUAAUGAAGCUGAACAAUUAGAGGAGCUGGUUGGCGAAAUGAGCCAGCCGACUAAGUCUAUUGAAGAGGAUAGUGGUAUCGAUGCUGAGAAAACACAUGUUGACCAAAGUGUGUGACUUGUUUAGUUUUAUGAAGUAAUUAUGUAUAUGGUUUUGCUAAGACUUGAAAGUAGUUAUGGAAACAGCAAAAAAUGAAUGUUUUUUCAAACUCUCAAAGUGGUAAACGAGCGUCCAGGUUGGCGUAAUUUAACGGAAAACAUGGAAUUUUUCAUUUCAUUGCAAUCAAAUUUAAGGCGAGUGUUGCUGAAUGAACUAGUUUAAGCGGAUAAGCCAUAACGGA